GUUUUGUGAAGUGCUUACAACUUAGGGCAUUAUAAAUAGCUACAAUGUCGCUUGUUCCACCUGGAGGCACGGACUCCCCAAGUCCACGUCGCGCGGUCAGCCCCCUCUUGGAGUCCCGAAGACCGCACUGUACCCUUGCGUGUGACUACUGCGCAGCUAUACUGGAAGAUAAGUUCAGGCGUAAUGCAGAUAUGCGCAACAGAGGCACUUCACCACUGUCAGCGUCGCCAAGACAGUCGCUUACAGGCGAACCACCCUGGACACUACCAGAUGACGACCGCCCCGAUUUCUCCGCGCUUAAAGAAAACAUUCAUAGGAUCAAUAAGGACUGCGAAACCUCGACACGGCUGGAUACUUUGUUGACACAAGUUGAACAAUAUGCAAACAAUUUAGAGGCACUAGUGGAAGAAAGAACAUCAGACUAUUUAGAGGAAAAGAGGAAAUGUGAGGAGCUACUGUACCAGUUACUACCUAAGUCAGUUGCGUCACAGCUAAUAAUGGGUCAACCAGUAAUGGCCGAGACGUAUGAUCAAGUGACAAUAUACUUCAGCGACAUCAUUGGCUUCACACAAUUAUCGGCGGAGUCGACGCCUCUUGAAGUUGUGGACCUACUUAACGAUCUAUAUACCAGCUUCGAUUCGAUCAUCGAGAACUUUGACGUCUAUAAAGUAGAAACGAUUGGCGAUGCCUACAUGGUAGUUUCCGGUUUGCCUAUGCGCAAUGGUAACAGGCAUGCAGCAGAAAUAGCAAGAAUGUCCUUAGCACUUCUGAAUGCAGUCAGGGUAAAAACCGUACCACAUCGACGUGGCGAAAAAUUGCUUUUGAGGAUUGGAAUGCAUACAGGACCUUGUGUUGCCGGGGUUGUGGGUUUAAAGAUGCCAAGAUAUUGCUUAUUUGGAGACACAGUGAAUACUGCAUCAAGAAUGGAAUCUCACGGUGAAGCUCUAAAAAUCCACGUCAGCCCAAAAACUAAAGAAGUUUUAGACUUAUACGAUUGCUUUGAUUUGGAAUGCCGAGGAGAAAUCACGAUGAAGGGUAAAGGGAAAAUGACAACAUAUUGGUUGCGAGGCGAGAAGCAUCAAAAUGAAACACAAUACAAGCAGACUAACAAUAUCGACAAUUCCAUUAUAAAUCCGAGUAUAACCUUUCAAGGACCCGAUAGUCCCGCAUCCCAUUCCCAACACAGUGACAGCCCCAAACGGAAUGGUACAAAGGAAACAAAGGACAGCGCCAAAACUGUUGAAAUUUUGAAUGAAAGGGAUCGUAUAAAGCACGAAAUAGCUUCGUUUGUUGCUAAAGAUCUUAUCAACAACAUAGAUAUUGCCGUACGUGAAAUAAAGCUGUCCCAAAGCGCAACUUUCAACACGGCUACACAUAAAAUGUGUAAUGGAAAUGGAAAAGAGAUUAUAACGCCGACGUAUGAUAAGGAACUCGUAAUCAAUAAAGGGAAGGUGAGAGAUGUUGUGAACAGAUUUAAUAGCACAUCAAGUGGAAAUAAUUCGAAAACAAAGGAGGAUAAAUAGACGGUCUAAAAUAUACAUUAGGGAUUGAAGUAUUAUUAGAUAUAUGAUAGUUUUAUUGUUUUUUACUGUAGUUUAAAAUUACGGAGUCUCUGUAAAAUAUUAAAGAACAUCACAUCCAGAGAGCGCAGAAACAUUAUAAAACAUCAAACAUCUAUGUUAAACAUUUUUGACCAGUAACAAUGAGCUCCAACAUUUACAAACUAUAUAUAUGGUAUUAACGUAGUGCAAGGCACCAAAUCCACUCAUAUAUAAUUUUAUAUAUUUCCCAUGUAGGCACUAAGAUUUCUAAUAGAUUAUAAAUUUUCCGAAUUCCAUAUAAUUUAUGGUGUUUCAGAAAGCUGUAGUGAAAUGUGUAUUAAAAUAAUAAAUUAUGUAUAGAUAUACUAUUGUAUUAGACCCGUAGAAUUUCUACCAAACUUUGAUAUUUCUUUACCUCUGUAAAUAAGAUACGCCCAAAAUGUAUAUAGUGUAUGGACACUUUUCACUAUUGGCAAAAUCAAUUUAUUUGGAACGGGCGAAAAAAUUUCAUGAAAAUCGUAUUAAUUUCCGUUAGACCUUAGAUGAUAUUCUGAAAUUAUUAUUUAGCCUCACACACUAAAUAGGCAAAUAGCACUUUGGUAUUGUACGAAACAAACUGUACUGUUGAUUUUUUACAAUCUAUUUAUUAAAUAAAAAUUUUUUGACCAUAAAAAAGCGAAUUGCG